GGUAGUAAAACCUGCUCCUCCUGGGUGUCUAUCCGUCGGAAAGUGAAGUGUGUUUGGCGUGCUAAUGGUAUCCGAGUUUUCUCUGUUGUCUGUCUUUUCGUUUAGUCUUUUGUCGUAUUUUUAACUUCACUUACGAGGUUUUACGUUUCUAAUUAAGAAACCCAGCCCCGCGGAAGAUUUAUGGGAUGUUUUAGAAAAGUUCCUGAAGUGCUCUUUGAGGACCCGGUUUACGGCGGACAGCGCCGGACAUGGAUAAGCUAACCGAUAGCUGAGUUGUUAGCCGAGAAUCACAAGUCAAGAACAGGAUCGAGCUAGCAUGCUAACGGAUAGCUAAUUUAGCAUUUUAUCGGCUAACCCAGUGACUUUAUUAACCUGUAACGUCAGAACUACUGACGGUAUUUCCUCGGGCCUGGCUGCUUGACGGUGAACUGUUCGUCACAGGCCAGCUUACCCAGGAAGAAGACUCGGUCCGUGUUACAAGGAAAAAGAAAGAAAAGUAUUGUUGAGGGGCGGCAGUUGUUCCUCUCUCAGUCCAGACCAAGAGAAUGCUGUCCAACGCACAGAACCAGCCACUGUUUCCCAGCCCGGCAGGGCAGCAGAACCCCACCGGCCAGCAGAAUCCUACGGGCCAGUUCCUUCCCUUUCACGCCAGACCCAGCUUACAGAUCAAGAAGAAUGCCAUUACAGAUGAUUACAAGGUCACCAGCCAGGUGCUGGGGCUGGGGAUCAAUGGCAAGGUGCUUGAAAUCUUCCAGAAGAAGACUGGUGAAAAAUUUGCUCUCAAGAUGCUGCAGGAUUGUGCCAAAGCCCGUAGGGAAGUGGAGCUCCACUGGAGGGCGUCACCUUGUGCCAACAUUGUGCGUAUCAUUGAUGUCUUUGAGAACCUCUAUCAGGGCAAGAAGUGUCUGCUUAUUGUCAUGGAGUGCAUGGACGGUGGCGAACUUUUUAGUCGAAUCCAGGACAGAGGAGACCAGGCCUUCACAGAGAGAGAGGCUUCUGACAUCAUGAAGAGCAUAGGGGAGGCCAUUCAAUUCCUGCAUGCCAUCAACAUUGCACACAGAGAUGUCAAGCCAGAGAAUAUACUGUAUUCCUCGAAGAGGCCCAAUGCACUGCUCAAGCUCACAGACUUUGGCUUUGCCAAGGAGACCACUUCACAUAACUCUUUAGCUACUCCUUGCUACACACCCUACUAUGUUGCACCAGAGGUUCUGGGCCCAGAGAAAUAUGACAAGUCAUGUGACAUGUGGUCACUGGGUGUCAUUAUGUAUAUCCUGUUGUGUGGGUACCCUCCUUUUUAUUCUAAGCACGGUCUAGCCAUUUCUCCUGGGAUGAAGAGGAGGAUCAGGAUGGGCGAGUAUGAGUUUCCUGACCCUGAAUGGUCUGAUGUUUCAGAGCAAGCAAAACAACUGAUCGGGACCCUCCUUAAGACUGAACCGACGCAAAGGAUGACCAUCACAGAGUUCAUGAAUCAUCCAUGGAUCAUUCAAUCGAUGAAGGUACCCCAGACCCCACUUCACACCAGCCGGGUACUAAAGGAAGAAAAGGACGCAUGGGAAGAUGUCAAGGAGGAGAUGACCAGUGCCUUGGCAACAAUGAGGGUUGACUACGAGCAAAUCAAGAUCAAGACCAUUGAGGACUCGACCAAUCCACUGCUAACGAAACGGAGGAAGAAAGCCAACACCAUGGCAGGCCAGUCCGCUGCCCACUGAAAGAUGCACGUAUGCAUGCACAUACAAAGACAGGUUGUAAAAAGGAAGCAAUAAUUUGUCGACACACGAGUCGCAUUGCAUGGAUUUUCUCAGUGUUUUAUUUUUCAUGGCAAAUUCUAAUGUUUUGUAGGAGUGUUUGUUUUUAUUACUCUACCACUUUAUCAAACCCAGCAGAGGUUGUUUAUGUGUUUUUACACCAGUGAAGAGAUUAUUAAUAAAAGCAAAGAAGGGGAGAGGGACUCACUGAGAUCUCCCUCUUCUUCUUUCCAUAUAUCAGGUUGUGUACUCAGAGGGGCUUGAAUGUUGGGAAUAGGACAUGAAGCCUUAGCAUUAGUUAGCAGUAGUUCUCUUUCACCCCCACGGCCCUGUUCCAGCUCGAGCCCUAAACCUGUGAAUGUUAAAUCAAAUGGCUAAACCCCAAAAAUAAAAAGCAAGGGAAGGUUUCUUCUUACGUGCAUGGAGAGUAAGCAGAUGUAUUUUGAACUGACAAGUGGAAUGUAAAGACUCUGUCCCUGAGUGUUGGAAUUAGCUGGGUAUAGUUGUUCAUUUCUGGGUCUUGAAGUGGGAGCGUUCUGUCAGAUUCGGUUUGUCUUUGAGAAUGUCGAGCAGGGGCCUAUGCACUCACACAAGGGCCAUGUGCCAUUUUGACAGAGCACCUCACUCUCAGCUCCUCUCUCCUGUCUACAAAGGCUUUUCAGGUAUGUAGUUUUAAGGCAGAGAAAGGGGCCAUGUUUAAGAACAGAAAACUGGCACAACCUUUCUCCUGCAUGUAGCUCACAGGAGAGUUGGAGCCAACUGAUACUGUAUUUUUUUUUCUUUCAUGGAUUUUAUGAAUAUAUUAGUGUAGGCCUUACUGAGUGUUGCUAAAGCAGCAAAUGACUUUUAACUCCCUACCUACCAUUUGGUUCAGGCUUUUACCAAGGUUAUGCUUCAGAAUUUAUAACAUUGUCAUAUUAUAUUUCAGGUUAAUGCUAUGCAGAUGUAUUUGUCAGCUUGAAGUACUGCUACGACCUUUUUGUUAGUGUUGACGUCUGUUUGUAAAUGUGUCAGGAGAGACAACAACAGGGAGCAUUUUUGUGCAUUUAAUGUAAGCAGUAGCACCCACGAGGGAAUCCAUGUUUCAGACUGACCCGACCUGUUCCGGCCGGUCUUUCUGAAACGAUCACUUAGUGUUACUGUUGGUUGCACCAGCUUAACUGUCAGGAGGCUCAGCGGGACUAGUGUGCUACAAUGCCAGUGUUCUUCAACACUUCUCCUCCACACUUCCUGGAGGAUUAUUAGGAAGCAAAAAAGUAAUUAAAAGCUGCUUCUCGUCCCUGGAGCAGAGUCUGACAUACCACCAGCAAGCUGUCAUCACAUUCAGACUGGGUGUGAUGGUUGCUUUCUUUUCAGCGUUCUGUUAAUGCAACGGGAUGCUUCCCAGCUCACUUGGGAUCAUGGGAAACGAUUGUGUUAAUUUUGUCAGUUUGGUCCACUUCACUUUGUAAAAUCACAUCUAUGUUAUUGGUCACACGGCACCUACAAAUCUCGCAUUGUAAAAUGUUCAUUGAUUGUUUGUGACAAUGUUUUGUUUUGGUUUUUUUUCUUUUUAUUUCUUUUUUUUUGUCCUUCUCAACACUUUUUUUUGUAGUGGAAGCACACAUGAUGUAUGUCAUUGAGUGUACAGCUCCACCUGCCGUACUUUUGUCUGCUUCAGCUUUGGAUUAAAAAAAAAACAACCAUCAAACAAACAA